AUGGCGACACCGGGGACGCCCACCCUGCACGAGCACCACUCGGAGCGGGGCACCCCCAACACCGGGAACCCCUCUGAGCCGGUCACCGGUAACCGGGUAUCCAGCUGCUGGGACUCCCGGCACCGAGAGCCCCAAUACGGGCACCACCCGGAACUGGGCACCCGCUGGCCCAGCCACGCUGUCACCUCCCAGAACUGGACCCUGGACCCCGCUGGGGACUGGCACUACAGAUGGAUCAGCCUCAUGGUGCUGCCCAUCCUUUACAAUUGGGUCGUCCUCAUCCUCAGGUGCUGCUUCCCCGAGGUGCAGGAGGCACACACGGGGCUGUGGCAGGUCCUGGACGGGCUCAGCGACGCACUGUACCUGCUGGACAUCGCCGUGCACUGCCACACAGGUUUCCUGGAGGACGGGAUCCCGGUGCGGGACGUCAGCCGGACGCGGCGGCGCUACCUGGGCUCCUGGACCUUCUCCUGGGACGUGCUGGCCGUGCUGCCCACCGAGCUGCUCUGCCUGCUCCCGGGGGUCCCCAGGGUCCCGGGGGUGCCGGCAGCACGUGCCAACCGCUGCCUGCGGGUGCCACGGCUCUUCGAGGCCUUCGACCGGUGCGAGACGCGCACGGGAUGGCCCAACGUGUUCCGCAUGGCCAAGCUGAUGCUGUACCUGCUGCUGGGCAUCCACUGGCACGGCUGCCUCUACUUCGCGCUGUCGGCGCACCUGGGGCUGGGCGCGGAUCCCUGGGUGUGCCCCAGCUCCGCCCGCCCGCUGCGCCGCUACCUGCACAGCUUCUACUUCUCCACGCUGGUCCUGGCCAUGGUGGGCGACACGCCGUCACCGCAGCGCGAGGAGGAGUUCCUCUUCCUCACCGCCGGCUUCCUCCUGGCCGUGCUGGGCUUCGCCACCAUCACCGGCAGCAUCAGCACCGUCAUCGUCAACCUCAGCUCGGCAUCCACCGCCCUGUACCCCGACGCGGGGCCGGUGCGGCGGUACCUGCGGGCGUGGGGCGUGGGCGGGCGGAUGGCGGGGCGCGUGGUGCGCUGGCACCAGAACCUGCGGGGGCUGGUGCUGCGCCUGCGGCCGCAGGUCUUCGGGCCCGGCGAGUUCGUGUGCCGGCGCGGGGACGUGGGCCGCGAGAUGUACUUCAUCCGCGAGGGCCGCCUGGCCGUGGUGGCGGAGGACGGCGUCACGCAGCUGGCCGUGCUGGGCGAGGGGCUCUACUUCGGGGAGAUCAGCCUCAUCAACAUCAAGGGCAACACGGCAGGGAACCGGCGCACGGCGAACAUCCUGAGCCGGCGGCUGCAGGGGCUGGAGGUGGCCCUGGAGGGGCUCCAGACACGAGCAGCCCGGCUGCUGGCACAGCUGGAGGCCAGCGCCCUGCGCAUGGCCCUGCGCGUCCAGCGCCUCGAGGGACGGCAGCAGCGGCGGGACAGAGCGGGGCGGACGGAGCGGGCAGCAGGAACAGCCUCACCGCGGCGGCCGGCCAGGACACAGGGCCCUGCUGCGGCACAGGGCUCCCCCGGAGUGCCGGGCUCAGCCAGGGCACAGCGUCCCUCCAAGGUGCAGGGUGCCCCCAGAGCACAGGGUCCUGCCCAGGAGACAGGAUCUGCAGGAGGAUGGGGUCCCACUGGGGUGCAGUCCCCCUCCAAGGCACAGGGUCCUUGCAGAGCACAGAGUCCCCCCAGUGCACAGGGUCCGAGCGACGCGCAAGGUCCUCCCAAAGCACACGAUACCCCCAUGGUGCAGGGUCCCCCCAGGGCACAGAGGCAGGCUGGGGCACGAGGUCCUCGUGGCAUGUAUAGCCCCAGGGGGGCACAGGCUCCCCUCAGGGCACACGGCACCCCCAUGGUACAGGGUCCCCUCAGGGCACAGGGGCCCCCCAGGGCACAGAGGCGGACUGGGGCACGAGGUCGCGGUGGCACCUACGGUCCCAGCGGGGCACAGGCUCUCCCCAGGGCACGGGGUCCCUCUGGGUCUCGGAGUUCCAGAGAAGCACACGAUCUCUCCGGGGCUCAGGGGGCCGGGGUCCCACGACGGAGGGGGGUGCCGCGGGACUAG